AUGUUGACUGUAACCUCUGCCAGGCCUGACAACAUUAUCAUAUUCGGAGCCUCUGGUUUUAACAGGCAGUUUGUGUUGGAAGAGGCUCAGAGCGCCGAAGAUCCCAGUGGGUCUCUGAAAUGGGCCUUGGCUGGACAGAGCAGACAGUGGCUGGAGGGAGGUCUGAACCAAGCCUCCAAGAGUGACGCUCCAUACGUGUUUACAGUUUAUGGUGAGUCAGUGGUCAGGGCCUGUAUAGACUUCAGUGGAGAACCUCAGAGAUGCUCCUUCCUUCCCUGUAAGGAGGCUGUGACAUGGAAGUCAGCCAUCUACGGCUUUGCAGACAGCGGCUCCCUGAGAAAGCUGAGGAAGAAAUUUGGCCACCAACCUCUCCCCAUCGUAGGAGCCAAAGUCAAGAAGAGGGCUAGCCUGUUCCUCAGUAAGCAGAUUGUCCAGCAUGCCAUAUCCUUCAUUGGCUCAGACUCAUGGGUGGUCAGGAGAUCCCAGCGCUUCCUGUAUGAGGAGGACUUACAGGAGCAUACAGGUGUCCAGUACUCUGUGCAUGUAGGUGUUGGUGGCAUCUGGUGGUUGAUAAAGAUGUUCUGUGGCAGCCUGCUGUUUUGGUUCCUUGGGAAGUUCGGCCCAGGAAAGAAGCUCCUAUCUCAGUUUCCAGAGUUCUCCUUUGGCGUGUUCACCAAGGCUGGAGCCAGCAGGAAGCAGAUGGAGGGAACAUCUUUCAGUCUGUUUUUCAGGUAUGGUUAUGCUGAGGCUCUGCACCCCUCUCAGGGAAGACCCAACGCUAGGAUCUGUACCCAGAAACAUGGAGCAGAGCCUGGCUAUGUAGCCACGCCUGUCGCUAUGGUACAGGCAACUAUCACCAUUCUGAACGAACCACAAUUCCUUCCUAUCAAGUCUCUCUCAUGCAGUCCAGGAGCAGCGUUUGCCAGGACCACUCUCAUCAACCGCCUCAGCAGACAUGGCCUCGUCUUCUCAGUGAAGAGAUUUUAA